AUGUUGGAUACUGGCAGAUCGAAGAAUGCCCUCAAAGGCACUUCGUCGCUCAAGCGAUUGCAGUCGCACGUACAGGCCACCCAAAGUGCCAAGGUGGCUAAGACCGAGGUCACUUCAACUCCCGUCGCAGCUAGUCUCGAGCCUGCACUACAAUCCAAUUUGAGUGCUAAUCCUCCCUCCAAAACACCUGAGAAAAUUCAGAAGCCUGAAUCUCCGAAGAAGAAAGAAGAGGAAGAAGGUUCUAAGACUAUCCUACCAGAGGGCUUUUUCGACGACGCCAAGCGUGACGCUGAAGCCAGACACGUGCCAUAUCGAGAUAAGUUAGAUGUCGAGAUGGAAGCUUUCCAAAAGGAGGUGGGAUCCCUCGACCAGGUUCGUUUGCUUUCAACUUUCGCUGCCUUUGUUCACUUAUUCGUUCUUAUGUCUGUUGGUUGGAUUGCUUUCCGUUUCUUUUCCUAG